GUACAACAAAGUACAUGAAAUGUUGUGCUUAGUUUACACAUGUCCUCAGACCCGUUUUAUCAGCUGUCGAAAGACCUUUGCCUCACUCAGACCCCAUCUUCAUACUUAUCUUCUCUAACAGAUAAAAGUUUCUUUUCUGCUGAUUCUUUAGUUUCAAUACAGAGCUAUUACCGUCGGCAUUCCGAAUUCUGUACUGAUCAUACAUUGCAGUCAUGGCACGUUUGGCACCAGAUGGAGCAGCUCAAUUUGAUACUCGUCAAUUUGAUUCUAAGAUGAACGAUUUACUUGCCGCUGAGGGGAAAGAUUUCUUUACAUCUUAUGACGAAGUUUAUGACAGUUUUGAUGCUAUGGGUCUGCAAGAGAACCUUCUCAGAGGCAUUUAUGCCUAUGGUUUUGAGAAACCAUCUGCAAUUCAGCAAAGAGGUAUAGUACCAUUCUGCAAGGGCCUUGAUGUAAUUCAGCAAGCUCAAUCUGGCACAGGGAAGACAGCUACUUUUUGUUCUGGAAUUUUGCAGCAACUUGAUUAUGGUUUAGUUCAAUGCCAAGCGUUGGUGUUGGCACCUACUCGGGAACUUGCUCAACAGAUUGAGAAGGUAAUGCGAGCACUCGGUGACUACCUUGGGGUUAAGGUCCAUGCUUGUGUCGGUGGCACUAGUGUCAGGGAGGAUCAACGUAUUCUCGCAGCUGGUGUUCAUGUUGUUGUUGGAACCCCCGGACGGGUGUUUGACAUGUUGCGAAGACAGUCUCUCCGUCCUGAUUGCCUCAGGAUGUUUGUGCUAGACGAGGCUGAUGAAAUGCUUUCACGAGGUUUUAAGGAUCAGAUAUAUGAUAUUUUCCAGAUGCUGCCUACCAAAGUUCAAGUCGGGGUGUUUUCUGCGACUAUGCCACCAGAAGCCCUCGAUAUCACAAGAAAAUUCAUGAAUAAGCCUGUGAGAAUCUUGGUUAAACGCGAUGAAUUGACACUCGAGGGUAUCAAACAGUUCUAUGUCAAUGUUGACAAGGAGGAAUGGAAGCUUGAGACACUCUGCGAUCUCUAUGAGACGCUAGCUAUCACACAGAGUGUCAUCUUUGUGAACACUAGGCGCAAGGUUGAUUGGUUAACAGACAAAAUGCGAAGCCGUGACCACACGGUCUCGGCUACACAUGGAGACAUGGACCAGAACACUAGGGACAUAAUCAUGCGCGAGUUUCGCUCUGGUUCUUCCCGUGUCCUGAUCACAACUGAUCUGUUGGCUCGUGGUAUUGAUGUACAGCAAGUAUCGCUUGUGAUCAAUUAUGAUCUCCCAACUCAGCCGGAGAAUUAUCUCCAUCGUAUUGGAAGAAGUGGCAGGUUUGGACGGAAAGGAGUUGCAAUCAACUUUGUGACAACAGAUGAUGAAAGAAUGUUGUUUGAUAUUCAAAAAUUUUACAAUGUGAUCAUCGAAGAACUCCCCUCAAAUGUUGCUGAUCUACUCUAAAAAACUAACCAUUAUUAUCUAAGCGUCGAAGACACACCCGUGGCAUUGAUGCUGUUCAAAAUUUUGCAGUCAGUAGUAAGAUCUUGGUUUUAUUUCAUUUCCAAAUUCUUAUACUUCUUUGGCAUUUUGUAGAUCAGUUAAGUUAAUUUUGUGUUCUUGUUAUUUGCUUUUGGGCACGGAGACAUGAGUGAUAAUUUGGGAAGUCUUUGGAUUU